AUGUCUUCACGUUUAGAUCCUUUGAAUCGAUCAAGACAUCAACAAGCUUUACAGAAUGCUGUAUCUACAAAGAAGCAACCACUCAAAGGACCUGUUACUAAAUGGGAGAGGAAGUGGGUAACUGUAGCUCACUUGAAGUUAUAUAAAUGGAUACCAUUGAAACCAAAGAAGCCUAAUCAAUCACAGUCUGGUGCGAAUAAAGGAUUAAAGGAUGGAAUGACCAACAAGACAAACACUGAGCCUGCUACAACAUCGAUAAGAAUGACAAGAUCAAAGACUAGUGCUAGAGGAGGUGAACAGUCAUUGGCCGAUGCAGAGAUGGAGAUGAUGAUGUUGAGUAAUCUGCCAAAGACAAGGAGUAACGUUAGAAGGAUUGAUAACUUGCAAAAGAAGUUGUUGGCAGAGAGUCCGGGUUCAAAGCCAGAGGAUGUAGUAGAGAGUAGUAGUACAUCGACAACGAGUACAACAUCGACGACAACGACAACUACAACAGCGUCCAAUGAGGAGAAGCCAGCACUCAGGAAGAAGAUCAUCAUUCAAAAGAGUGUCAUCUCUGGUGCAAACAGUGCGGCGGGCGGCUCACCAUUGUCCAUCGGCACAGGCAUCAACAGCAACAACAGUGGCGGCAACAUCAUCAAUAACAAUGGUAGCAACAUCAACAAUAGCAGUGCACUGUCAGAGGAUGGUGGACUGGGCAGCGAUGGAAAGGCAUUGCAAAAGCCAAUGCAGCAGAUGCCUUUGAAUGGUGCCGGCGCUGGUGUGGUCAUCAACGAUGACGACGACGAUGAUGAUGACAGCAAGAUGGAUGAUGACGAUGAUGACGACGAUGACAAGGCAGACUCUGUACUCCGAGGUGCUGUCGACGAUGACGACGACGACGAUGAGAGCGAGGAGGAAAUGUCAAGAAAAGCAACCGACAGUCAAAUGGAAGAUGACGACGAUGAUGACGAUGAUGAAGAUGGUGCAUUCUAA